AGGAGUGCAAGAGUUGGAGUUUCUGGGCCACAUCGUCUCUACUCAAGGAGUGAAAAUCGACCCCAAGAAAAUCAAGACCAUACAGGAAUGGAAGCUGCCAAGCAACAUCAAGGAGCUGCAGAGUUUUUUGGGUUUCGUCAAUUACGUCCGCAUGUUUAUACCCAACAUGGUUGGGUUAUCUGCCCCGCUAACUGACCGACUCAAGGAUCACGAUUUGUUUUUGUGGGGAGAGAAGCUGCAAGCUGCAUUCGAGCAACUGAAGAUCGUGCUAACAUCACCACCCGUCCUUCGCAUCUUCGAUUCUGACCGUCCAUACGAAGUAAUCACCGACGCCAGCGACAUCGCCAUCGGCGCAGUUCUUCUACAUGAUUUUGGCGAAGGAUUACAACCAGUCGCCUACGAAUCACGGAAGCUGCAGGGCACAGAGAAAAAUUACACGGUACACGAUAAGGAAUUUUUGGCGAUCUUCUACGCGUUCAAUGCCUGGCACCCACUCCUUACCGGACUAUUUACCCACGGCUACAAGAUCGACCCCUUCUUCCGCUCUGCCAUUCAUCAACAUCAUACCACCGCUACCGGACACUACUUUAAUAAACGCGACACUUCCCGCAUAUGGGUUCCCGGCUACAAUUUACUUCGUACCCUUCUAAUACAGGAAUCCCACGACAAUCCUACCUCCGGGCAUUUCGGAGUCGACAAAACCAUGAAGAUGCUGCAGCGCAAUUAUUACUGGCCGAACAUGGCCGACAACGUGCGCAAGUACGUGUCCUCCUACGCCGUCUGGCGGAUCAAGAAAUUAUCCCAUCAGCGAGCAGACGGACUCUUACAGCCGUUGGAUCCGCCCGAGAGACCCUGGCAACACGUCACAAUGGACUACGUGACAGGACUGCCACUGCCCAACGCCAUUAUUUCAGACCGAGACCCAAAAUUCACGUCGAAUUUCUGGCGUCACCUGUGGGACCAAUUCGGCACCGAACUACAGUUUUCCUCUGCCUACCACCCACAGACUGACGGGAAACCGAACGAGUCAACCAAAAUAUGGAGCAACUCAUACGAACUACCUGCACUGACCCACAGACAUGGGAGAAAUCCCUUCCGCUACUGGAAUUCACGUAUAAUAAUGCGCCUUCCGCCACAACCCAUCAACCCCCAUUUUCCCUUAAUUACGGACAGGACCUAGUGGUGCCUGAUAGAAUGUUG